AUGGGGGCGCCCGGGGCGCGCCGGCCCCGGCGGGCCGCCGCCCGCGCGCUGCUGCUCGUGCCCGCCCUGGGGCUGGCGGGCCGCCUCUGCGCCCUCGCGGGCUGCCCGGGCACCGCCGCGCUGCUCCCCGGCGCGCUCGCCGGCAGGGCAGCGGCGGGGGCCCAAGCGUGGCGGCGGCACGGAGGGUCACGGAGAUCAUCUUGUAUAAGCAGGUGGGCGAAAGGUUUUUCUGCGAAGGGUGGGCUCGAUUCCAUCAUCAAGAAGUCCAGGAAACUGCCGCCAUAUGUCGACAUCUAUAAAACGAGGAACAGUACUAGAAGGGCUCUCUUGAGAAGGCGAAGCCAAGAUGUCGGCAUGCCGCUGUCAAAACAGGAUGCUCGAUAUUGUAACAUUUUGGAAGCCAAGUUCGACAAUGAGACGAACUGCGUUGGCCUUGCAGCCCCGCAAAUUGGUAUUGACAGAAGAAUCAUAGUGUUCGAGGUAUUGGCCGAUGACCCGGACAAUGAGGGGAGGAAUGUAACACAAGAGAUGAGCAAAGUUCUUUGGAUUAACCCAUCAUAUUCUCCAUUGACAGACGAGAUGCAGUACGAUUAUUCGGUGGCUUUCGGCGCAUCCCGACGCUGUGCCCGGGCUGUGGGUUGUCAGCAAAGAAGACAGCAACGGCCGCAGGCCAAUAUUCCUGGGGAGACUGCCCCAUCGGCUUCGAAGAUCUGUAAUCUGUCUCCAGAACCUCGCUUGAAAGACAUCCUUGCAAGCAGACCGAGAGUCGGCCCAGAAGAUAUUAUGCGAACAGUUCCAGGCGACCCGAAAGCUCCUUGACUUCGGGAGGCUGGGGCUUUCGAUGGGAAGCUCUUCGACAUUCGAUGUUCUCAGGACUAUUAAGGACCUCAGGGCACUCCAUCACGUGCCAGAGGCACUGUAGCGGAUGAAGGGUGCUUCUCUGUGAAUGCAACCACGGUCAUGGGGAAGGUUCCGCGGCCCAAACGGAUUGCAUACCAGGCAACCUUGCGAAAUGGAGAUAUAGUAGAGGGCGAAGCUGUGGACUUCCUGGCCCGCGUAAUCAUGCACGAGAUAGAUCAUGUUGACGGGGUUCUUUUCAUAGACAAGGCCUACAGCGAGACCGUCUUUGACACCCAUCCGAAGAGAUGAUGCAGACCAUGAGAAGUUCGAGAUGCUGAAGCAAUUUUGCGAGGAACAUGGUCUCAAUUAGCUGCACCACGAGAGGUCGUUCCUCGGUGGAUCAGGGCUCGCAGACGCGGUCGCCGCGGGCCCCCUGCCGCCGCGAGUCCCCGGCGGCCUGGAAGGGCGGCAGGCGCCGGCAGCGGGCGGACUCUGUGAGGGGCCCCGCGCGCGGGGCGGGCGGCCCCGAUUCGCAACGUUUCCUCUCUGCUGACCCUCCCGGGGCAGCUGAGUCUCGAGCCCCACCUCGACCACGCGGAGAGGGGGGAUCGAAACUGCCAUUCGGGUGUCUUGCCGUCUUUUCUCUAGCGGGGCCCGCAUGAAUGUGCUUCGCGUGCGGUUGCCCAGUGUUGCUCCCGCCAGCCCUCCCCGGCCGCUCCCUCCCGUCGCGCGCCGCGUUUUCAGGAAGCGGGCGGUGCCUGCUUGCUGCCUCGGGGAGCCCGCCCGCGCAGCCGCGCUUCCCCUGGCAGCGAAAAAAGGCC